AUGGUGACACUUAAGUUUCUAGGUGGAGAUAACGUCAUGCAGCCCCAGGGGCUGAGAUCCAGUACUGAUGCCUGUCAGUCUGGCACCAGGGUGGGGACAAUUUCAGUAGAAAUAGCCCAAACUGUGGAAACUGCUUCCCACAAGACAACCAUGGCCCGAUCUCUUGAGUGGUUGCAGCUGUCCCUGCUGCUGCUGCUCUUCUGUUCCUGUGCUCAGAGUUUCCUCCAGAGACAAACUCGGGGUAAUGUAACGAGGAAAGAGAAUGGUGCUACUCCUGACUGGUUUUUGCAAAAGCUCGACCAUUUUAGCAAAAAGAAGUUGACAUCGUGGACACAGACGUUUUAUGUCAAUAAGGACUUCUACAAACCUGGUGGCCCAGUAUUUCUAAUGAUCGAAGGGCGGAGGCCUGCCAGUAUGCAAUGGAUAAAUAAAAAUUAUACCUGGAUUACAUAUGCUAAAAGACUGGGCGCCCUCUGCUUUCUUCUGGAACAUAGAUUUUAUGGAAGCAGCCUGCCAACAGCAGAUCUGAGGACUCCGAACCUCCGCCGCUACCUCAGCAGCAGGCAAGCCGUGGCUGACAUUGCUGAAUUCCGAACUAAGGUUGCACAGGAAAUGAGGCUCACUGGAAAUAAGUGGGUUUUAUUUGGCGGCGGUUAUGGCGGCUCCCUGGCAGUGUGGUCUAAAAUAAAACACCCUAACCUGUUCGCUGCAGUAGUGAGCAGCAGUGCACCGGUCCAAGCAAAAGCUGAUUUUUAUGAGUACUUUGAUGAAACUUACAAGGCUCUAGCCGCUCAUAACAGGGAAUGCCUAAAAGCAGUGAAAGAGGCUUAUGGUCUCGUUGGGGCGAUGCUGUUACUUCCAGAUUACCACAGGAAGCUUAAAUUCGAUUACAAGUUAUGUGAGCCUCUUACAAUUAACUCAGAAAUGGACCAGCUUUUUAUACUAGAAAAAAUAAUGAUUCUUCCUGCGGCAGUUGUUCAGUCUAAUACGAGAAGCAAAACUGUUGAGGGACUUACGCGUGAGAUGAGAAUUGAUGAAUUUUGUGAGAAGAUGACUAACACUUCAAUGGGUUCACCAUAUCAUAGAUUUGCAAAUGUUAUCAGCACAAUGCUCAAGAACAAAGAUGGCUUUUGUUUGUCUGCAAAUUACAAUGAAUCUAGGAGUGGGUUCUCUGCUGCUUCUGUGGAAAUGAAUAAUUACUUUAUAGGCAGGCCAUGGUUUUUUCAAUGUUGCACUGAACUUGGCUACUUUUUUACCACAAGUUUAAGGAACCACUCUUUCUCUGGAUUGCCUCUAAGGUAUUAUGUUAAGAAGUGUGCCGAUGUCUUUGGCCCUGAUAUCAAUAUCAAUUCAAUAACUCGGGGUGCUAUGGCCACCAACAGGUACUAUGAUGGCCUCAAAGUGAGGGGAAGCAAAAUCAUCUUUGCCAAUGGUUCCUAUGAUCCUUGGCACCGUCUGGGAAUCACAAAGGAUAUCAGUAAGGAUUUGCGAGCUGUCUUCAUUAGAGGUGAAUCACACUGUGAGGAUAUGUUGGAGCCACAGGAUACUGAUUCAGCUGAGCUAAUUCAAGCACGAGAAAAAAUCUUUCAGAUCCUACAAAAGUGGCUAAGGGAGUAA